AUGGCGGAGGUGGGGGCGGUCUUCGCCUCCUUGGACUGGGAUCUGCAUGGCUUCUCCUCCUCUCUGGGGAGCAUGCCCUUAGCUGACUCUCCGGGUUUCCUGAACGAGCGCCUGGGCCAGAUCGAGGGGAAGCUGCAGCGCGGCUCGCCUACAGACUUCGCCCACCUGAAGGGGAUCUUGCGGCGCCGCCAGCUCUACUGCCGCACAGGCUUCCACCUGGAGAUCUUCCCCAACGGCACGGUGCACGGCACUCGCCACGACCACAGCCGCUUCGGAAUCCUGGAGUUUAUCAGCCUGGCUGUGGGCCUGAUCAGCAUCCGAGGAGUGGACUCUGGCCUGUACUUAGGAAUGAACGAGCGAGGAGAACUAUAUGGGUCGAAGAAACUCACACGUGAAUGUGUUUUCCGGGAACAGUUUGAAGAAAACUGGUACAACACCUAUGCCUCCACCUUGUACAAACACUCGGACUCAGAGAGACAGUAUUAUGUGGCCCUGAAUAAAGACGGCUCACCCCGAGAGGGAUACAGGACUAAACGACACCAGAAAUUCACUCACUUUUUACCUAGGCCAGUGGAUCCUUCUAAGUUGCCCUCCAUGUCCAGAGACCUCUUCCGCUAUAGGUAA